AUGAGCACCAAGUCGUCGUGGUGGUCAUCCUGGCGAUCCUCGAUCCAGCCUACGCGCGAGACACGCCGCCACCGGUCGACCACCACCGCCGCCGCCUCACCCGAAUCGAGAGGGGCCAUCAUAUCACGUCCUUUCAGAGUGGGCACCCGUCCCUCCCGUCAACAGCGUCCUUCGCUGGAUUGCGUGUUCACGCUCGAACCGACCAGAGCCACCAUCACGCGGGCUGAACCGGCAGCCCCGCCCGUCACCCUGUCAGUGAGCGUCUCACAUUCUCAUGGCGAAGACAAGCCCCAACUUGCGGCGGCUGCGACACGAGCCGCCACGCACACCCUGGCCGAGGCCGAACACGAGAUACCUCUGGAAACAGUACGCACCUCCAAAGCAGGAGGUCAUGACCAGCCCGAGAGCACAUCUAAAAGUCGACGAAUCAUGCGCAAGCCGUCCGAUCUGUCAAGUUUCACUUCCAAGCUGGUCAGACAAUUGCUGCGUGAGUUCAUCGUCAUCAGCCAGGUCCGACACAGACGGCAGAAGCGGAUCAGAGGCGACGUCAAUAGAGCGGCACGAAUAAGAAGUUCAUAAUUUUGCAACCGAUGCGAAAACUAACAGGUGGACUACCUUGUUGACUCGCAGUGGAAGGGAUUAGCUGGGCUGAUGGAUUGCCGAACAUACCUAGUGAGGCCGAACACUGCCACAGCCUCCUGGAGGUCCCGACUUACCCUGCUUCACGGGACCUUACCCUGCUUCAUCCCACAGCCCCGCACACAUCACCCAAGGCUUCGACAACCACACUUUCCACAUUCUCCCGUUUCAAAGACAGGGAGCUCCCCUUGAUACCCACACGCCCUGCAUCUCGUUCCUCCACAUGGGCGGGCAAGAGUUUCGAGGCCGGCGGGGGCAGCCACAGCUCGCUCGCAUUAGAUUCUUACGCGUCAAGUCUCGCCCAUCAUUCUUCAGAGUACACUCAGAGGACAUCACGUCGAGCUAACGACGUGGGGUACAAGUGGUGCGGAAUGAUCCGACGAGUCGCUCGCAGGAAAUCCACUCCAGCUGCUGCUAUCAAGACGAUCGCUUCGCUCGGCCAGAACUGGUCCCACAAGGAUGCGACGCUCGACACAUGUUGUUCCCGGCCCAGUAUCAGUAUUAGUUCGCCAAUGACAAGAGUUGUCUUCUUGGCGCACGACGACAUCGAAGAUGGAUGGGUCGUCCUCGGCGAAACCAUUGUCAGUGCAAAGCUGAACGCGGCCGAGCUCGAAAGAGCCCCGAGGGCAAAUCUCGGAACAGACCAAUGA